AUGGGUGAAAGAGCUAAAAGUCACUUCGGUGAUUUUAAGAAGACACAUUUCGCCAAACUGCACGAGAGGAUACAAAGGAAAUAUGAAGAGAUGCAAUGGAAACUGGAGAAAUCAAAAUCCGUUGACGUACUGUCGACGCUUAAAGAUGAUUAUGCCUUUAAAGAGAUCAAAUUCGCAAGCACUUUGGAUAUAACUGCGGAGUCGGACGAAAUUUUUGAAGAAGUUCAGAACCAUAGUUCCUUGGAAAAGCAUACAUUGCUAAUUAAAGACAUGAAUAGGAAUGACGCUAAUCUUGAAUAUGUUGAUUUCAAAGAAGCUAGUAUUUCCGAGUCCGAAGGGUUUACUCCUCUUGAAAAGUACGAAAAUGGCAGGGAAGAUAAAUUCUUUGGAGAUGACUUUUCUAAAAUGAGUCUUGAGUCAUUAAAUGAAGUAGCUUCAGGGAGCGACGGUGAGCUCACGCCCCCGGCGACUCCCCCGAAGAUUUCGAUUCGCAAUAGAAUUGGUUCAAAAAUAUCCGCUGUCAAGGAAAAACGUUGGCGAGAGGAAAAAGUAAAAAAUCCGAACAAGGACAGGAAAAGGGAACAUCGUGACAAAGUUGAAAAGUUUAUUUUGAGUAAUACGACUAAACAGGAUUUGAGGAGCUUAAAGAAGACUAAAUUGGGUACUGUAACAAUUGCACUGAUCGACGCUACAGAUUUAGAGACUGAAGGCCCCGAAGAAAGAACCCGUAUGUUAUUUUGUCGAUUUAGAUUGGGAACUGAGAAACAUAAGUCAAAGACAGCAAAAGGGAAUACAACUAAAUUGAAAUGGCAAGAACUAUUCAGUUUGAGUAUGUACGAAGACCAUUUGCUUGAGUUGUCUCUGUGCGAUAAAGAUUUCUGUAUUGGCAGGACUAUAAUAGAUCUGAAUAAUUUGGAUAAAGAGAAGACACAUGAAAUGCGUCUCAAGAUAGAAGGGGAAAUAUCCGUAGUACAAAUUUUUCUAUUAAUUACAAUCAGCGGUAUACCGUUACACAAUACCAUCGCAGAUUUAGAAGAUUAUGAAGCAACAACCAAGGAGCUCGAUGUUGUCAAAAAGAAAUUUUAUAAAUCGUCGCACAUAAUCUUGUGCACGGACUCUAGAUUGUUGGAAUUGGAAAAACACAACAGUAAUAAAUUUUCAACAGAAAUGAUCAUAUUGAUCAGAUUUAGCAUAGUCUUGGAUGGGUUGCACAACUAUCAAUCUUUAUUGAAUACCAGCAUUGUAAAUGAUAUUACUUCAGUAAUAGAAGUGACAGUACAUGACGAAAAAAGAUCUGAGGAUAUUGCAAAAAUUACAAUACCAUUAUUAAAAAUUAACAACGGAGUAAAAAAAUGGUAUGCUCUGAAACACACAACGCAGAGAGAAAGAGCGAGAGGAACGAACCCUAGAAUCCUGUUAGAAAUGAAAGUCACAUGGAAUCUCACAAAAGCAUCGCUCCGAUCGUUUACACCCAAACAGACAAAAUAUUUAGAAACGAAAGCCAAAUUCGAUAGACAUCUUUUUGCGAGGAAUAUCUCAAGGGCAAAAUAUGUCACUGCAUGGGUGCUAAAUGCUAUCCAGAUCGUUAAAACAUGUUUCGAAUGGGAAUCAAGAAAAUCAAACACAUUAGCCCUCACAUUAUGGCUAUUAUUUUGUUGGUUUUUCAAAAUGUGGAUGUUGCCACUUCUAUUAUUGAUACCAUUCAUUUGGUAUCGUCCACCGAGAUACUAUUUAGUAAACUGGAAACGGUAUUUCAAAGGAAUGCCAAUUGAAGAUGAUCAUUCUAAGAAAGAGAAGGAUGAAAAAAACACAUCUUUAAGACAAAAGAUACAAAGUUUACAGGAAAUGGUACAGACGGUGCAGAAUUUCAUUGGAACGUUUGCGAGUCUACACGAGAGAGUAAAGAAUUUGUUCAACUUUACAGUACCCUUCUUAAGUUUCUUGACCAUAUUCAUGAUCAUAAUUAUCGCCUUCGUAAUGUUUGUGAUUCCUGUGAAAUAUAUCUUCAUGGGUUGGGGUGUACACAAAUUCACAAGAAAAAUUCUUAGACCGAACAGAAUUCCUAAUAAUGAAAUUCUGGAUCUGCUCUCCCGAGUACCUGAUGAUGAAACGUUGCUUGACUGCGAAGAGCUGCCAUUGGAGGAACCAGAGGAAGACGUUGUAGAAUCAUAAAUAUUUUAAGUGGUACCCUUAUGGAACACGUACCC